UGGUACUCACGCGGCUGUUCUCUCACGCGCUUGCAGUUGCUCUGUUAUCGGCGCUCAUCGAGAUACAAAAUUUACGUAAAGUUCGCUGGCCAAUUGGAAGUAGAGAAUGUAAUGUGCGCGUGCUGGAAAGUUGUGCGUUUUGGGCCAUAAAACACAAUUAAAAGUGCUAACGAGUGGGCGAAGCCAAGUAACCGAAUAACCGAAAUAAAUUUAAACAGCAAACGCUAAGAAAACAAGCUGCUGCGGCUUUAAAGAUUUUAUUGGCCCAUUGUGUGCGUGUAAUUGCCUUGAUUGAUAACCGCCGACAGCGACUUUUGCACCCAUGUAAACGCCCAAAAAAAUUCCAGAAAUUAUAUAUAUUGAAAGCUCUCGAGUGGCAAGUGUGACCAAAGUGCGUUGGAAUUCAAUAAGUGAAGAAGCAGAGGAAUUCGGGCGUUCAUUCCCCCGCGUUUUACGCUUUGUUAGUGAGGAGUUGAGGAAUUUUCAAUUAAAAUUACACACAGAAUCAAUGCAAUUACAGAGACGAUUGCAAAGUGCGCACUCGAUGCAAUAGAAGCAAUCAUUCAUUUUAAUGGAUUAAUUGAGCCCGAAAGAAAUUCCUGCACAUAAUUCCAAAGUUCCUGCAAAGAAGUUGCAAGUAUCUGCUCUACGAAAAGAAGGAUGCUAUAAUUGCCAUCCGGCUGCCAGGCAGACAGAGAAACUCCCACUGGAGGACACUUCAUCCACAGCCAGAACCCUUCCGUUGCCCAGAUGUCGGACAUGAAAUGGUGGUAACAGUCCUGCACCGCAAACUGGUCAACAAAUAAUUAUCGAGUCGAGAGGAAGUGGAAGAGCCUUCAAAGAGUCAACACAAAAUGCCUGACCACACGACAGUAACCGCAACGACAAGGAGCAGGCCAUGGCUUAGUGGAGCCAUCCCGGUGCUGCUCCUCCUGCUGAUUCUCGUAGUCCUGCCUCUGGAAUCCACCGCCUUCUGCCCCUCGAAGUGCCAGUGCCUGGGGGGCGAGGCCAAUAGCAGAGCGUUGUGCGUGGACGCUGCUCUGGAGGAUGUGCCCAUCCAAUUGAAUCCGGAGACGAAAUACAUCAAUCUCACAGUGAAUCGAAUUCGUACCCUGGAGUUCUCGCUGCCGUUCUACAUGAAGCUGGAGAUCCUGGAUCUCUCGCAGAACAUCAUCGAAACGCUGGGCUCGAAGAACUUCGAGUACCAAUCGGAGCUGAGAACGCUGAAUCUGAGCCGCAAUUUGGUCAGUUCGCUGCACAAGCAUGCCUUCAAGGGAUUGACCAAUCUGCUGCUCCUGGAUCUCAGCUUCAAUCGCAUUGAGACAGUGCAUCCCACCGCUCUCAGUGAUCUGGCCUCGCUGGUGGAGCUGGAUCUUACCAACAACAAUAUUGUCAGCCUGGAGGACAACUGCUUCAAGGGCAUGAACACGUUGGAGGUUCUCGUGUUCCGGAAUAAUCGACUGCUAGACGUACCGGCCACCAAUCUUUGGCAUUUGCAUGCCCUCAAGAGCCUGGACAUGUCCUUGAAUCUGGUCGAGUUUGUGCGGAAUGACAGUUUCGAGGGCUUAAAGGAGCUUCUGGCCCUCAGCGUGCAGGGCAAUGUGAUGAGCGAACUGGAUUUGAGUGCCUUCGAGGGACUGAUAUCCUUGAAACAUCUGGAUCUGUCCGAUAAUAAUCUCACGAUGGUGCCUACACAGCAGCUCUCGAAGCUCUCGAACCUCACCUAUUUGAACCUGGGCGGCAACCGCUUCUCCCAGCUGCCCGCCGUCGCCUUCCUCAACCUGUUUCAUUUGCGCGAAUUGCAUUUGAGCCGGCUGGACUUCUUGCAGCGCAUCGAUUCGAGAGCCUUUGUGGACAACACCCACUUGCAGACGCUGCACCUGAACAACAAUCCCCAGCUGAGCGACAUACCGAUGCGCCUGUUCCAGGGCAACCCCAACAUCCUGGAGGUCUACAUGCAGAGCAACAGCCUGCAGACCUUGUACUCCGCCCAGUUCCCAGUGGAUCAGCUGCAGAAACUGUACCUGGGGGACAACCCGCUGCAGUGCAACUGCUCGCUGCUGUGGCUCUGGCGCCUGGUAACCGGCAACUUCGAGGGAGUCGAUCCCGCCCUGGAGCACGCAGCCGGUGGGGCGGUGGCUGCCCUGGCCAAGGAGGCCGAUGACGAGGAGCAGGCGGAUGAGGCCACCGCCGUGGCCUCCACGGACGACGGAGUGGCCGCCUUGGCUGCCUACAUAGCCGAGCAGCAUAUAGUGAAUGCCCUGCACACCACCGAGCCCAGUGCCUAUGAGCUGGCCACGUCCGCCUCGAACCGGAACUCCGGCAUCCUGCGCAUGGAUCGCCAGCAGAUUGGCUGCGACAUCUGGCGCGAUAAGGUGCGAACGCGGAGGAAGCUGCUGACCAUGAGCGAGGGCGAGAUCACCUGCCCCGCCCACAUUGUGACCGUGGUGUGUGCGGUGAUCACCUGCCUGCUGGUGGCCAUGAUUGGCAUCAGCGUGCUCUACUACCUGCGCUUUGUCAAGCGGCGGAGGAAGCUGCUCCACGAACGCGGUCCCAUGCGCACCAGCAAGAGCAUCAUCAACGUCCACGAUCGCAUCCUGCAGGGUCACAAUCCCGGCGGUCUCGGCCUGGGCAUGAGCAUGACCCUGGGCGGCGGCAACCAUGUCAACGGCUUGGGCAUGACCCUCAACUAUCCGCAUCAUGCCCAGACCCUGCAGGCGCACCAUCACUACCACCAGGCCAUGCCACUGCAGUCGCAUGGGGGCAGUGGCAACCAUGAGUACCAGCAGACGACUCUGCCACAACUGGACAAGCUGGAACUGGAGCGCUACCUGGCGGCCCAGACCAUUGCCAAUGAGUACCGGGCACUGAAGCCCUGGGAGCUGCCCGUCAAGGAGGCGGACGACGAGCCGGAGCAUCUCUACGAGCGGUUCGAUCACUACGAGUAUCCGGACACUCACACCAUGAGCAAGCUGAAGCAGGCGGCGUCCUUGAACCACUCCAACUCCUCGGCUGGUCCCUCGCCCGUUCCCCCCUCGUCCGGCAAACCGCACGUGGUCUACGUAUGACGUGGGCGUGGCACGGGCGAGCGGGUGUCCCAGACCAAUACGGAUAUCGAAAUGGUCGGGCUGAACCACCUCCACCUCCAGCACCACCACCACCACAACAACAACAACAACUACCGGGGCUGUGUACAGAGCGCCAAGGCCAGUGGCCAGUUCUGAGUUGGCUAAAUCCAGGGGGUUCACACAAGCAAAAACAGGGAAAGUGAGAGGUUAGUUUAAGGCGAGUUUGGGACAGGAUGUAGCCACUACAACUGGUGGCUUUGAGUGGGAAAUUUCAAUGAUGCAUUAGUUAUUCGAUCAAAGUGAUCUUUGAUCAGAUGCGAUUGUAACUAUGAUUUUCGACUUCAAGAAAACUUCUGCAUCAUGGAGAUUUUUCACUAAAGCGACACCAUAGUGAUUUACCUUUGUUAACGUUUUUUUUCGAAUAAAACCACAAAGUUUAACAAGCGUCAAAUGAAACAAGGGAUAUGUCUACGUGUAUAGAAAGCAUACAAAUACUCUUAACUACCUACGGAUAACAGAUAUAUUAGAAAUGUAUACUAACCGCUAAACUAAGAGACGAAUACGAUUUCAAAGAAACCAUUUUGCUGGCCCCAAACUAAGCUAAGCUGCAUUCAAAUCUCACUCACUCUUUCUCUCCCACUCAUAGUUAAAAUGGCAUUUAGCAUUCGAAUACUCUAGAUAGCAUUUAGCGCAUAAGAACUUAACAAGUGAAUUUAAACAUAUAUAUAUGAAUAUAUGCAUAUAUAUUAGGUAUAACGAUGGAGCAGGGUGCAAGCUAAACGAGGUAAAUGGGAUUUUCUUGAUUUGGUUCAUGAAUUUACUGAAUAUGUCUUCAGCAUUUGGGAUACACGGAGAGCAGGACACACACUUUGGCAGACAAAUAAACUAAUGGGGACCAAAUAGUCCAGUCCAGUCCAGCCUAGAACUAACUGAAUGAAUCCAACUGCCAAAGAAUCCCACUGUCCAUUGGCAUCCAUUAUCCUGUUGAAGCAUAUUCCCAAGUUUCCUAACUUUAGCAAACAUCUCGAAUGACAAUAUGCGAAAUAUUAAGUGGAAAACUAAAAACUAAAAAUUAAAUUAUAACACCUAUAUUAUCUUAGUGAGCCAGAACUCAAAGUUGAUGAAAUUAUAAAUAUAAUUUGUAAAUAUCCCACAAUGGCGAUGCGAUGCGAUGCACUCAGCUGAGUGCUUGAACGUUUACUGUAAAUAAUUUAUGGAAUGCAUUUUAAAACAUUAGUCAAGUGCAUAGAUUAUUGAUUUAAGAAUAAAUGAUUUCCAAAAAGCAAUAACUCAGAAUCCAAGGCUCGUUCGUUGUUAUUUUUCGGUUGAGUUUGAUUUGCGAAUAAUAAUUUAAUUAAAUGCGACAACAGCAAGGCAAAUAGCAAAUAGCGACCAAAACUAACCGGUAUUUGCAUAAAAUAGCCACACACACACACGCAAACACACUCACACACACAUACACAGUGCACACAAAAAGCCAGUGUAAAAAUAUUUCUAAAAUAAAAAGUAUAUGCGUGUAUGUGCUGAAUAAGUAAAAUCAAAAAGCAGGCUGGCUAUGCACGAAAUGCAUUUAGGAAAAACCGACAGAAAAUACAAUUUGAACAUAAAUAAAAAGCAGUUUGUGUAUAAAAGGUGCAAAAAGAGCAAGGGAAAGGCAAAUUGAAGCCAGGCAAACGUAAGUUUAAAUCUAAUAAUAUGAUAUACAUACGCAAAAAUAUUUAAUUAAAUGAUAGAGACA